GGCGCUGGCCGCGGCGCUCCUGGCCGCAGGCUCGGCCAGCGAGUACGACUACGUGAGCUUCCAGUCGGACAUCGGCUCGUACCAGAGCGGGCGCUUCUACACCAAGCCGCCGCAGUGCGUGGACAUCCCAGUGGACCUGCGGCUGUGCCACAACGUGGGCUACAAGAAGAUGGUGCUGCCCAACCUUCUGGAGCACGAGACCAUGGCCGAGGUGAAGCAGCAGGCCAGCAGCUGGGUGCCCCUGCUCAACAAGAACUGCCACAUGGGCACCCAGGUCUUCCUCUGCUCGCUCUUCGCGCCCGUCUGCCUCGACCGGCCCAUCUACCCGUGCCGCUGGCUCUGCGAGGCCGUGCGCGACUCCUGCGAGCCCGUCAUGCAGUUCUUCGGCUUCUACUGGCCCGAGAUGCUCAAGUGUGACAAGUUCCCCGAGGGGGACGUCUGCAUCGCCAUGACCCCGCCCAAUGCUACCGAAGCCUCCAAGCCCCAAGGCACAACUGUGUGUCCUCCAUGUGACAACGAGUUGAAAUCGGAAGCCAUAAUUGAACAUCUCUGUGCGAGCGAGUUUGCACUGAGGAUGAAAAUAAAAGAAGUGAAAAAAGAAAAUGGCGACAAAAAGAUUGUCCCCAAGAAGAAGAAGCCCCUGAAGUUGGGGCCCAUCAAGAAGAAGGAGCUGAAGAAGCUUGUCCUGUACCUGAAGAACGGGGCCGACUGCCCCUGCCACCAGCUGGACAACCUCAGCCACCAUUUCCUCAUCCUGGGCCGGAAGGUGAAGAGCCAGUACUUGCUGACGGCAAUCCACAAGUGGGACAAGACAAACAAGGAGUUCAAAGCCUUCAUGAAGAAGAUGAAGAAUCACGAAUGCCCCACUUUUCAGUCGGUCUUUAAGUGAUUCUCUCGGGGCGGGUGGGGCGGGAGCCCUGGGUCGGGGUGAGGGGUGGGGGCUGAGCAGACCAGCUGGGACUUGGGUGGUCCACCCUCACCGCUCCUCCUGUUGGCAGAGGACGUUGUCGUCACUCUUGCAGCGUCUCACUCCUUCCCCUCCACAGCCACGCUCCAGACCCCAGUAUAGCUAGUAUUUAAAGCCGCAUGCCCAGGUAAGGAAAACCAGUUAGAUUAGGAACCCUUUUAAGAUCUACAGUGUGGAACAGCAUGUCACUGAGUAAAAGGAGGUGCAGAACCAUUUCAACCAGAGACACAGUCACUAGAAAAGAAAAUUUUGCUGGUAAACAAAGGGGAUUGGGCAAAAAGUGAGAGACAGCAGCAAAAACUAAAUUCUACAACUUUCUUUGUGUCAAUACAAAUUGCUUGUGGAUCAGCUCAUCUAUGCCUUUGGAACUAGAAAAUUCUAACUAUUGGUAAGACACCUUGCUUUCGGUUCCAGAGUAAUUUCUCUGUCUCCUUUAGACAGAAACACACACACCAUGCUUACAACCUAAGAUCAGUUCCAGAAAGUCAUGGGUACUGGGAAGCAGAGCACACGCAGAGUCUGUGAGAGGGAAAGCAGAGGGAGGUCGUGCGCUCUGCCCUGCACGUGGUCGUCUUUCCAUAGGAAUCAGCUGGGCUCGGAUGCCGUGUGAGUGGCCGUGAACGUCGGCUUCAGCGCAUGAUCUCACCUCCAGACACUCGCAGGGCCGCACGUGCCUGCCUUUGUGCGAGAGGAAAGAAACACGCGGGCACCAAACCCACAGCAUAGGGAGACGACGAUUUUCAGACUGAGAAGGCAACGAUUAGUGGUUUUCAAAAAACAUAGUUAAGAAAAAAAAAAAAUUUACAACAGUCCAGCAAAUUGCUAGUCAGGGUGAAUUGUAAUUCGGUGAAGAGCUUAGCAUUCUAAUUUCAUCUGUUUGUUCAUUUCAUAUAUUUUUUAAAGAACAACAACAAAAAACCCCACUUACUUUUCGAGGUUUUAAAAGAAGCCUACACUGAGCAUUUGAAAGGUGAACUAAGACCAGGGUCUCCUGGUGCGUGUGCGGCUGCUUUCCAGCGGAGCAGCUCUUUCAUCAGGCGCUUGGGUGGGAGGCGGACACGCCUGGUGGCAUAGCUGUGUGGUCCUCCUUCCUGAGUUCUGGGCUGCCCUGGACCCAACACAUCGCUAAUCAAAACUCACAGUGCUUCUCAUUCUUUUCUUUCCUGUGAAGAAAUGGAUUCCUUUAACUUGAUUGCCUAUGGAUCAAAGCAAUUCAGAACAGCCUUCCUGCCUGUUCUCCUGCACUUAAAAAAAAUACUUUUUUUCAUUUCUGCAGAAGGAAAGUUAAACUACAAGUGUUCCCAUCCAAGGAAAGCAUUUCAAAGGCAAAACAUCCCUGCAGUUUUUCCCCCAGUGCCCUAAAAUAGUUCUUAAAGCCCGUGUGUUUAAUGAGUGGUGUACGUAAACCUGUUCACUUAUGCAACUUUACUCCUCUGUUCAGUGUAUAGUAUAGGAAGUCAUUCUAAAGAAUUAAUGUUAAUUUCUUUCCUGAGCCUGAUUCUUAAUUCUCUGUAACUUCUUGAGGACUUUAGUGACUGUCCCUCUGGGCGAAUGUUUAUACCCAGUCCGGAUGCCGCAGUGAGGCUGG